AUGUCUACCACCACCACCAACACCGAAACCGCUCAAUUGCAGGUGUCUGCCGGCACAAUCAGACACGCCCUGUCUGACGUUGUCAAGCAAGAGGACUGGUCCGACUUCCAGUUCGCGCCAAUCCGCGAGUCUACUGUGUCACGUGCCAUGACCUCGCGCUACUUCCAGGACAUGGACAAGUUCGCCGUGAGCGACGUUGUCAUUGUGGGCGCCGGCUCCUCGGGUCUGUCUGCCGCGUACGUUAUCGCCAAGAACAGACCAGACCUGAAGGUUGCCUGCGUGGAGUCCAAUGUUGCGCCAGGUGGCGGCGCAUGGCUCGGUGGCCAGCUGUUCAGCGCGAUGAUCAUGAGAAAGCCCGCGCACCUAUUUUUGGACGAGCUGGAGCUGCCAUACGAGGACGAGGGUGACUACGUGGUCGUCAAGCACGCGGCUCUAUUCACCUCGACCGUGUUGAGCAAGGUGCUACUAUUCCCUAACUUCAAGCUGUUCAACGCGACUGCCGUGGAGGACUUGGUCACGAGACCUGCCGACGACAACACCGGCGGCGUGAGCGUCGCUGGUGUGGUGACCAACUGGACCUUGGUGUCGAUGGCGCACGACCUACAGAGCUGCAUGGACCCUAACGUUAUCGAGCUGAGCGGCUACCAGAACGACGGCACCCGCGACCCUAGCAAGAAGCACGGUGUCAUCUUGUCAACCACAGGUCACGACGGUCCAUUCGGCGCGUUCUCCGCCAAGAGAAUUGUGUCGAUCGACAAGAACAAGAAGCUGGGCGGAAUGAAGGGUCUGGACAUGAACCGUGCUGAGGCCGGUGUGGUCAAAGGCGCUGGCGCUUACUCCGGAGUCGCAAACAUGUACUUUGCCGGUAUGGAAGUGGCCGAGCUGGAGGGCUGCAACAGAAUGGGUCCAACCUUCGGUGCCAUGGCUGUCAGCGGUAUCAAGGCUGCUGAGGAAAUCUUGAGACACUUUGCCGAAUAA